GUAAAACACUCUUCUCUUUGCGAUCAAACUAUUUCAAACUCCGCUACGUCACGCAUUUUCUGCAUCACCACCACUAAGACCACCACACGACCUUUGUAUUCCAUGGCUCUCCGCGGCGCUCCUCCUCACUCAGGCCCGGCCUACAUUCCCCAGAGCCAGUCCCAGCUCCGUGCCAAAAAUGACCCUAACGAGUCCGCCUUCUCGCGCUUCAUCCGCACGGAAAUCAUGGCCCCCGAGAAACUGAGCGGUAACAUCAGCCUGGUGACCGGUGUCGGGGCCUUCGUGGCUGGAAUUGUGGUUAUACGAACAUGGGGCGAGAUGAUGAUCCCAGCCUAAAAUCUAGACGCGGCGCGACACGCAGCUCUGCCAUCUUACUGUUCACCUUGCUGCCUCAAAUCCCAUCCCAUAUCAUCUGUAUAUUACAUAUUGCAAGCCGAGACAUGCAAGAAUCUUUAAUGAAUGCGUACUUUGCACAUCGUGUUAUGAAUUCACGGUCGUGCUUCAACGGUCUACCUCUCCAUUCGCCUACCUCUUUGCUCUCGUGGUCCCUCUGCUGGAGGUAUCCCCAUACCGGCUAGACGUGACCGAGCAAAGGAGUUGGGAGUCAAGGGCAUCUGCAUAACGCUCACAACGGAGUCGUGCCGAGGCGAGGAACUAGACAAGCCCAAUUUCGGCCUGGAGACAGGACGCGGGAGACGAGAACCGAGGGACUGUGACCGUUUGAGAUUGCUGGGGAUACUCGGUGGUGUAACGACGAUUCUGAAUUUGGGAGGAUCGCCCACCCUGGAGCCGCUGGAGUGGCUCAUGCGCGAUUCCACGGAGUGAUCUUUCCUGCGCGACUGUGCGGCUGAGGCGGCGGGUGGAGACCCAGGGCCGGCACUGGGAGAGCGUGGUAGAGGCUUGCUCUCUCCUUGAGGCUGUCCGUCAGUACAUGAGACUGAAAAGCACGGACCACGCACGGGCGGAUCGCCAGGCACCCUGAGAGUUUGAGCGUGCUCUGCCAAUCUCGCGCUGAGAAGGUAAUCUAUCUGCAACGUUAUCGAGCUGCUGUAGAUAGACUCAGUCCCUCUUAGAUAGAGUGUCGAACGGGCCGCACCUUUCUUCUCUUAUGCAUCGUAAAGGCACUGCCGCAUUCAGUCGUGACGGAGCGGAUGGAUCACACAUGGCAUACCGGAUCUGCAAGCUUCGGCACCUACAGGACGCAGCCGCGUCAUAUAUCCCAAGGGCCGUGGCCUCAGAGAGCUCGAUGUGCAUGGCAUGUCUGACCAGCGCCUGCAGGUGAGGAAUCGUAAACUCGGUCGAUAUCAACAGCAGAUAACUGAGCACAGCAGGAGCGCGCUGCAGAGCCGUGUCCAGCGAGAGAGAAUAGAAGUACUGCAUCAGGGCCAGGGUUACAGGAUACGACUGGGUCCAAAAGCAGCUCGUCAGGGUGAGUGUCAACUGCGUGCGCUUUCCAUAAUGAAUCUUGCUGGGCUGACCGCCGCUGAUCAUGGAAUAAUGUUCGCGGAACCAAGGCCACGCCUGCGCCAGUCGCUGCUUACAGCAGCGGAUCUGGCGCUUAUCUUCGCAGACAAACGCGAAAUCCAUGUUCUGCCCACUCUCCAGCGACAAGAGCCGACGCAGUUGAUCCACGCGACAGAGCUUGUGCGACGGCGGCUGGUAGAUUCCGAUUGCCUCCAAGUCGACGGUGACCAGUGUGUCCCAGAAAAUCGGAUGCUGGGGACCCACCGCCGAUUUGAGGCUGGCAAAGAAGUAGAGCUUGCUCUGCGCAUGGGAGAUGCAGGCUCUCGCCCAGACCCCGUCCUGGAGCGUCCGGCCGAGCGCGGCUGCCGUCCAGAUCUUCGUGGCCAUAUCGAAUGUACGAAUCACCAGACGAUUGUCCUCCGCAAUUCCCAGGAGAAUCAGACUGUUUCCAAGAAUGGCGUUGCUGGGACAGCGCAACAGAGGAAGUCGGCCAAUUGCGUCAGGUGGUGUGCCCUGCACCUGAAUACGCCCGUCGGUCAACGGAGACAGGACGUCGAUUCUGGGGCGCGAGACUUCUCCCUGGGAGAAAUGUCAUGGAGUAUCCACUUUGAAUGCGGUCCACGCACCAUGUGAUAGACAUGGAUAUCGCACAGAGACUGCUGAGUAGCGUGUUCCGAAUACGGUAGCGGGACGGGCUGCGGUGCAACGUGGGCAAGUUCCUGGGUACGUUGUCUAAACGUUUUUACGUGCCAGCGAGAUGUCGCCACGGCCGACGUUCCGGAAUGGACAAAAUGAAGAUAAGUAUGCCGUCGGACCCAUUCGUGCUUCUCCAGAUCAUACACACAAAUAUCAUCCAACAGCUGUCCUGGAAAGUUUUCGCCCCCAAACACGAGGAGAUGGUUACCUGACACACAGCUUAAAUGAGAAUAGCGCGGCUGAAUGACAGGGAGGGAUGCAGGAAAGGCAAUAAUAGGAGGUGCGCGCGAAGGCAAAAGCCAGGAAUGUGUCGAGAGGUCGAAAAGCUGCACGUCGCUGAGAGUUUGGGAUGCUUUCGAUCCUUUGCUGCGAGUCUGUCCACCGAAGACCACGAGAUAGUUCUGCC